GCCCCUCUGCGUCCGUACGAGCCCGAAGCUCCGGGGCCCGCCUCUUUACGUGCUCUGGGCUUGGCUGCCGAGGGGUCCAGGUGCAGCAGCGGGCAGGGGCUGGAGGGCGCCCUGUGCCGGCUGCUUCCCUACCCGGCUCGCAGCCUGACGGGGCCGCACAUCCGGCCCGGGACCGCGACGGAGCAGCGCGGGCUGGGCCGGGGAGGCGUGGCCACAGCCCCGGCGCCCGUGGGCCGGGACCGCUCGGCCGCCUCCUGCCCGGCAGGCGGCGCGGAGCCGGGCCCAGAGAAGAGGACUGGAGGCCUGGGUUCUCCAAAAAGCGAGGCUGGGAGUGGAUUGCUUUAUCCUCGAAAGAGGAAGGUCCUGGAGGUCCGGACUCCUAUGUUCUCGGAGGAGAGCGGCUGAGGACCAUGUCGCCUGAAGAAUGGACUUAUCUAGUGGUUCUUCUUAUCUCCAUCCCCAUCGGCUUCCUCUUUAAGAAAGCUGGACCUGGGCUGAAGAGAUGGGGGGCAGCAGGUGUGGGCCUGGGGCUCACCUUGUUCACCUGUGGCCCCCACACUUUGCAUUCCCUGAUCACCAUCCUUGGGACCUGGGCCCUCAUUCAGGCACAGCCCUGCUCCUGCCACGCGCUGGCCCUCGCCUGGACCUUCUCGUACCUCCUGUUCUUCCGCGCGCUCAGCCUGCUGGGCCUGCCCACCCCCACGCCCUUCACCAAUGCCGUCCAGCUGCUGCUGACACUGAAGCUGGUGAGUCUGGCCAGUGAAGUUCAGGACCUGCACUUGGCCCAGAGGAAGGAAAUGGCCUCAGGUUUCAGCAAGGGGCCCACCCUGGGGCUGCUGCCUGACGUUCCCUCUCUGAUGGAGACGCUCAGCUACAGCUACUGCUACGUGGGAAUCCUGACAGGCCCGUUCUUCCGCUACCGCACGUACCUGGACUGGCUGGAGCAGCCCUUCCCGGGGGCCGUGCCCAGCCUGCGGCCCCUCCUGCGCCGCGCCUGGCCGGCCCCGCUCUUCGGCCUGCUCUUCCUGCUGUCCUCACACCUCUUCCCGCUGGAGGCCGUGCGCGAGGACGCCUUCUACGCCCGCCCGCUGCCUGCCCGCCUCUUCUACAUGAUCCCCGUCUUCUUCGCCUUCCGCAUGCGCUUCUACGUGGCCUGGAUUGCCGCCGAGUGCGGCUGCAUUGCUGCCGGCUUCGGGGCCUACCCCGUGGCCGCCAAAGCCCGGGCCGGGGGCGGCCCCACCCUCCAAUGCCCACCCCCCAGCAGUCCGGAGAAGGCGGCCUCCGUGGAGUACGACUAUGAGACCAUCCGCAACAUCGACUGCUACGGCACUGACUUCUGCGUGCGGGUGCGGGAUGGCAUGCGGUACUGGAACAUGACGGUGCAGUGGUGGCUGGCGCAGUACGUCUACAAGAGCGCACCUGCUCGCUCCUAUGUCCUAAGGAGCGCCUGGACCAUGUUGCUGAGCGCCUACUGGCACGGCCUGCACCCUGGCUACUACCUAAGCUUCCUGACCAUCCCGCUGUGCCUGGCGGCCGAGGCCCGGCUGGAGUCGGCCCUGCGCGGGAGGCUCAGUCCCGGGGGCCAGAAGGCGUGGGACUGGGUGCACUGGUUCCUGAAGAUGCGCGCCUACGACUACAUGUGCAUGGGCUUCGUGCUGCUGUCCCUGGGCGACACCAUCCGGUACUGGGCCUCCGUCUACUUCUGCAUGCACAUCCUGGCCUUGGCCGCGCUGCUGCUGGGGCUGGUUCUGGGCGGGGGCGGCCCCGGCCGGAGGAAGGCCGCGCCCGCCCCCUCGGCCGCCAGACUGGCCCCAGAAAAGCUCCGGGAGGAAUAGGCUGCCGCGACGCUCUUUGCCAGUCUGUCCAGCCACCAAGCUUUUUGCCUGGGAAUCCUGUGACCCCGGCCGCUGUCCCCUUUCCCAGAAAGAUUGCCCGACUGGCCAGGGGCCCGGAGAGGAUUCCCAUCUCCUCGGCCGUGCCCUGCGCCCGACGGAGCCCGGCUGCGGCCCUCUGCUUCCCCGCCCUCUGCCCGGAGGGCUCUGGAAGGGCCGCGCGCCCUCUCCCCGCCGGAGGUCGCAGGGCCACGUCUUCUGGUGCAGAUGCGUGUGUGGCUCCAGGGCGUGGGGUAGGAGCUUCUGGCAGCGGGGACCCGCCUCCCUGUGGCUUUCAUCCCGCUCUGACCAGUGUUUCAGACCCGGAAGGAAACAUAACCCUCCCGUUUCAUAGAGGGGAAACUGAGGCACGAAGGAGCAGGCCUGUGGACAUUUUUGCAGCUUUCAUCUGAGCCACCUCAGGGUCCCAGCGCACCUGUCACUCUCUUGUCGUUCUCUGGCCUGAGACACGGUCAGAAUGUGUGAGCCUCCCCCAAUAAAGUGUUUCGCAAAGAC